AUGGAAGCAGCCCAGAAGAAAACCCAGCAGCUGAUCGACGACAAUGCUGUCAUGGUUUUCAGCAAGUCAUACUGCCCUUACUGUAACAACACGAAGCGCAUCCUUGACGGGCUGAACGCCAAGUACAAAGCCGUCGAGCUUAACGAGGAGGACGACGGCGACGACAUUCAGAAUGCGCUGCACAAGAUGACGGGCCAGCGCACCGUCCCCAACAUCUUCAUCAACCGCGUCCACAUCGGCGGCAACUCGGACCUCGAAGCGGUCGUUAAGAACGGCAAGAACGGCAAGAAGAUCGAGGAGCUGCUGAAGGAGGCUGGCGCCCUCUAA